AAUGGUCCAAUUACCACAGGGAAAUGGGCCUCUGAGCCCAGGUUGGCAUCCUCUCUGCCUAUAGGCUAAGCCCAGAGGCGGGGAGACCCUGCCCCGGAUGUGGGAGCGGCCCUUAGGUAGACCCGAAACAGCAUCUACCGCGGUAUUUUGGAGAGGCGGAACUGAGAUCUUUUCUCCUGAUUAUCAUGUGACGGCUUCUGGGUUUAAUGGGGGAAAAAGUGUGGAAGAGGUCAAGAAUCCAAACUGGCGAGUUACUGGAUCUUCGCACCCCUCACCGCUCUCCGACAAGCGGCACUGCCAGGGCUUGUUUCCCUUUUUUCCAACUCUACAGCAGCCUCUUUAAACUGUUUAAAUGAGAAUGUCCUUGGCUCAGAGAGUACUACUCACCUGGCUUUUCACAUUACUCUUCUUGAUCAUGUUGGUGUUGAAACUGGACGAGAAGGCACCUUGGAACUGGUUCCUUAUAUUUAUUCCUGUCUGGAUAUUUGAUACUAUUCUUCUUGUCAUGCUGAUUGUGAAAAUGGCUGGGAGAUGUAAGUCUGGUUUUGACCCUCGACAUGGAUCACACAAUAUUAAAAAAAAAGCCUGGUACCUCAUUGCAAUGUUACUUAAAUUAGCCUUCUGCCUUGCACUGUGUGCGAAACUGGAACAGUUUACUACCAUGAAUCUGUCUUAUGUCUUCAUUCCUUUAUGGGCCUUACUGACUGGGGCUUUGAUAGAACUUGGCUAUAACGUAUUUUUUGUGAGAGACUGACUUCUCAGGGUCUUAUUCCAUUUUAUCGCUAUUUCAUAAAUUGUCAUUAAAGUGUUCUGAAUCUUUGUAAGCUUGAAGACUACCAGAGAACUGAGAAAAAUACCAAAUGUAGUUUUAUACUGCUUAUAAAAUAGUUUUGGUGAAUCAUGGACUUCUAGACAACCAAAAGCUUAUUCAGUAUUUGAGUUCUUAAUAUUAUUAGCCCUAUGUAAAUAAAGUUUGUUUUGGACCU